UGCGGCAGUUGCCAGGGGGAUGUACGAGGGGAGGGGGUUUGAUUGGCUGAAGUAGGUCUGUUGCCUUGGCGACGGCGCAGGGUUUGGUAGCGUUGCCGUGCGGCUUGAGCGGCGUGAUCUGUUCGCCGCGCGGAUGGAGGAAGCAGCUGCUGCUCUCUGAUUCAGUCCAAGCAGACAGGCAUCUAAACGAGAACACAUUGAACAGAGAACCUGAAUUAUAUUGCUUCACAGGCACAGCGUGUAUGAAUACCGUCUCGGUUUAAUGGGUCCAAUCAUCGGGAUGUCUCCGGAUAAGAAAGCCGAGAGCCCUGGGGUGGUGGAGGAGGGGCUGCGGGGACCGUGGGGAGGCGCGGGCACCCUGCCCGAGGCCGAGUGCGCCUCCAGCCCGCUGGCCACGCGGCUGGACCAGGCGGCCGCCGACGAGGAGCUCACCAACCUCAACUGGCUCCACGAGAACCUGCUGCAGAACUUCACGCUGGGCGGGCCAGGCGAGGCCACGCCCAGCGGCGGCAGCCCGCUCUUCGACAUCGAGGGCGACCCCGCCGGCCCACUGUCCGCCUCGUCUUCGUCUUCGUCGUCGUCGUCGUCAUCCUCCACGGGCGGGACUGGCCGGGGUGCGGAGCGGGACUCUGUGAAGUCCAAGCCCCCCUUCUCGUUCUCGCUGCUCAUCUACAUGGCCAUCGAGCACUCGCCCAGCAAGUCGCUGCCCGUCAAGGACAUCUACGGCUGGAUCCUCGAGCACUUCCCCUACUUCUCCAGCGCCCCCACUGGCUGGAAGAACUCGGUGCGCCACAACCUGUCCCUCAACAAAUGCUUCCGCAAAGUGGAGAAGAGCCUUGGGAAGGUCAACGGUAAGGGCUCUCUGUGGUGUGUUGACCCAGAGUACCGGCCCAACCUGAUCCAGGCCUUAAAAAAGCAGCACUUCCCUACCGCACACGCCUUCUGUACACCACCCGCCUCCCCGCCCAGUGCCUCCUCGCCCCCACGCCACCUCCUCCUGCAGGGCUGCUCGCUCAAAGAAUCUGACAUUGAUGCUGCCACUGCCAUGAUGCUCUUAAACUCGGCCCCCGGCCACCACUCCGACCGAUGUGGUCCUGACGGUCCGCUGGACCUGUCCCGUCCAGACUCCGUGCUGGUGAGCAGCGACCCCAAGCAGGACCACAACUACAGCAGCGUGCCUGUGCAGCGCUGUUCCUCACCCUCCUCCUCCUCCUCUUCUUCCUCCUCCUCCUCCUCCUCCUCGCUCUCCUCCCUGGACGAGGGCAGCCGGGCCAACCACCACCACCACCACCACCACCACCAGCCUCACCGUGCCGGCAGUGAGGGUUUCCACAGCGACGAGGACUCGGACCCGGAGCCGGAGCUGGAGCUGGAGGCCGACGACAAGCAGCAGGGAGCCCCCACAGGCGGCCCUCGCCCUCGCCCCCUCCCUCGCUGAAGCCCCCGGCCAGCAAGCGGGCGCGGCGUGAGGCCAAGGCGGAGCUGGACGAGGAGCUGAAGGAGGCGGCCGGCUCCCUGCUGCACCUGGCCGGCAUCCGCACCUGCCUGGAGGCCACCUCCAAACACACCGCCAAGAGCAAAACACUGGGCAGGAAGUGAGGCGUAGAGUGUGCGCUCCAAACAGGAAGUGAGGUGUAGAGUGUGCGCUCCAAACCCCUAGUCUUGAAGACGCAGGUCUCUUCCCAACCAUCCACCCUCUGUCUUUCUGUUUCUCUCUCUCUAUCC